GCGCCGUAUCAUGUGACUUCCUGUUUACGUUCCGUAAGUGACGUCACACUAAUACCGACCAGACCACAGUGUUUGGAAAGCGAAACCUCCAAUAACUUCAGUGAAAACUCCCCCCGCGUUCCCGUUAAGACCAGAACCGAAUUUCCUGCCUGUCCGCUACGAGCUGGAGCUGCGGGAAGGCCGGGGGAAGCUCGGGUGAAACUGUUCCGGCCGCGCCGCCUCUCAGAAGAGACUAGCUAACGAAGCUCCGCUGCUGCUGAGCUAGCUAACGACGUAGCUGCGAUAAUUCAAGCGGUUUUCUGACAACAUGGAGAGCAAAUACAACCUGAAGAGCCCCGCAGUGAAGAGGCUGAUGAAGGAGGCGGCUGAGCUGAGGGACCCCACAGAGCACUACCACGCCCAACCUCUGGAGGACAACCUGUUUGAAUGGCACUUCUCUGUACGCGGGCCCCCGGAUUCAGACUUUGAUGGGGGGGUUUACCACGGCAGGAUCAUCCUCCCUCCAGAGUAUCCCAUGAAGCCCCCCAGCAUCAUCCUCCUCACACCAAAUGGAAGAUUUGAGGUUGGAAAGAAGAUUUGUCUGAGCAUCUCUGGCCACCACCCUGAGACAUGGCAGCCUUCAUGGAGCAUCCGGACCGCCCUGAUAGCAAUAAUCGGAUUCAUGCCGACCAAAGGAGAGGGGGCAAUAGGAUCUCUUGAUUAUACUCCAGAAGAAAGAAAGGCUCUUGCCAAAAAAUCCCUGGACUUCUGCUGUGAAAGCUGCAGCUGCUCCAUGCGCAGCGCUCUGCUCCCGCUGACGGCCAACAGCAACCCCAGCGCCGAGGACCACAAGGCCCAAGAGCUGGCUCAGCAGAUCAACUUCAAGGCUGAAUCCAGCUCGCCCCCUCAGGCGAGCGCGAGCGGACCUGCAGGCGGCGAGGAGCAGUCGGCGCUCCCCCACCAGGACACAUCCUCACCUGAAGGCCAGGAAGCGGCUGAGAGGCCGCAGGCUGAACAGCCAGAGGAACCAGAGGACCCCCAGCCCCCCGCCCCCUCUAUCGAAUCUGUCCGGCAGCGCCGCUCUCCACAGCAGCCCGGCUCCAGAGACGGCAUCCAGGCGGCAGCCGGCAGGGCGCCGUCUGUCCCGGCGCUCCGCCAGCCUCCGGACCAAAGCCACGCCGGAUCUGCCGUCCUCAUCCUGGUGCUCACGCUGGCUCUGGCGGCCCUCAUCUUCCGCAGGAUCUACCUAGCCAACGAGUACAAGUUCAACUACGAGUUGUGACCACGACCCCCUCCCCUCCCUCCACGUUUCAGACUGAAGCGGAAGCAGAGCUGAGGCAGCAACCGACUUUUUGCCCUCGCUGCUCAGCCAACAGGGAACUUCCUGCAGGGGGGGCAUGUUGCUCAUCACAACACCUCCAGGGUGUCUUUUAAUCAGUGUGAAUUUUACCCCCCCCCUAGAACAGGAGGCUUUGUUGUUUGUGAUUCAGCUCAGCAUCUCCCACAUGUAACCGCGGUCCGCCCCCCGGCUGCACUCGUUCCCAUUAUUUAAUUACUACUGUAAUAUGUCAGGAACAUAGAAUUGUGGGAAAUCACAACCAGAGAAUCCUCCAAAGGAGUGGAACUCGUGUCCGGUUUGAACGGGGCCAACAAACGUUUUCCAUGGAUCACUGGAGUGAGCACGCUGCUUUGGUUUUAGUUUCUUCAGAAUGAAUGCAUUCGUUUUAAAUGGUGUGAAGCUUUUAAAUCAGCGGGCGGCUCCUUAAUGGAGCGAGCAGCAGCUCUUCCUCACUGCCGGAGCGCCCGCCCGCCCGCCUCUCUGAUCGUGUUAGCGUGCAGGGGUGUCACUGCAGGGGGGGUUUCAUGCUGCAAACCAGCGAGCAGCAGAGAACUCCCAGAUUGGAAUUUCUGGACCAUUUCAUGCGUCAACAGUGAAAUACAACAUACUUGGUGGUUCAUCAUCAUCAUCAUCAUCAUCAUCAUCACCAGCAGCAGCAGCAGCAGUUCUCACUCUUCGUUUUUGUUUUAAUAGCACCCUGUUGUUAUUCAUCUCUCCAUAGCGCCCCCUUCAGGCUGACAUGAAGGAAAAGCUUCCACAUUUCCACAUCAGAGAGUUCCGGUUGACAUGAACGAGGCGCUGAGGUUCCACCUAUGUGGCCUUUGAUGUUCGUUCCUGACGGUGGACUCUGCACCGGCUGCUGAGCUGCACACCUCUCAGUAAUGUUCAGGAAACAGGCGGCAGGUUUGGAGGAAGAAGAUAAGGAGCUUUGCUCGUCACUCAACAGCUGCUCCGACAUCCUCUCGUGUUCAUCGGUUUCAUCACAGAUGAACAACUCCGUCGGGUCAAACAGAACCUCCUUUGAGUUGUUGACAUUCAUAAUCGGGUCUUAUUGUUUAAUAAAGUCCUUUAAAGGUUGAAA